AUGCGAUUGCCUUCAAUUCUUCUAGGAUUAGGUAAGAAAUACACCGCUUUUACCUUGUCAAAGGUAAAAAAACAGGUUUUUAAACCACAAACAAGACGUGCACUUACGUUUGGUGCUUUGACAACGGGAUUUGGCAUCACUGGAUACAUGCUGGCAAAUGCUGCUCAAAAAUAUCACGUAUAUCCAAUUGUAUAUACAGAUGAACAAGUAAAGGAGAUAAAUCACGUUGAAAAUUCGAUUCAAAGCUUAAAUUUCGUUCAAGAGUUGCGUCGCGAUCCAAAGUUUCGUGAAAUCAGAAUCCCGUUCAACCGUAGCCAGCAUAGUCUUACAAGUAACUUGCUAGGUGGUUUUGGAAGAGUUACAGUGCCUCCCCUGAUUUUUUAUAAUAGAGAGAACGCCCAGGUUUUUGCUGUAGCACACAUUGGAAAAGAUGUUGCUCUUGAUGAUGGAUCUAUUCACCUUGGUUUAAUUGCAACAUUUAUGGAUGAGAUUCUAGCUUUUAGCAGCUUCUUGGGUCUUCCCAACAAAAUUGGUGUAACAGCUAAUUUGUCAAUUUCCAAUCCAUCAAAGGCAUACGUCGACAGGUUUUACGUUUUGCGCUCUCAACUUCAAUGGGCAAAAGGGCGCAAAGCCCAGGCGCACGGUACUGCUUACAUGCUAUCAGAGGAGGGAGAAUCAAAAGAUUCGACUUGUGUUGCAAUUGCUGACGGUCUUUUUGUGGAACCCCGAUUUGCCAAGUAUCUUAAGCAUGUAAUUCCAUUACAGUUGUAA